ACAGGUGUUCAAACCAGAACCAGAAGCCACCUCCGUUUCUAAUGGCUCAUGCUCUUGUUGCUUCUUCCACCUUCUCCUUCCUCCUCAAUGCUUCGGCUGCCAAGUUCCAAAGGACUCAAGCCUCUGCUCGUUUGCUUCCGCGUUCUGGAGUCUCCCAGAUCUCCUCUUCCUUCAAGAGCGGCUCCUCUCUCGAUUUUAGGUCAUCUCCGAUGAGAAAAUUUGAAUGCCGAUCGGUGUGGGUUCCGAUCAGGUGUGAGCAGGGUGCAAAGGAGAGUGGGGGAUUGGAUGUGUGGCUCGGUCGCCUUGCAAUGGUUGGGUUUGCCACCGUAAUCACUGUUGAGAUUGUGACAGGGAAGGGGCUUCUGGAGAAUUUUGGGUUUGUGACCCCACUGCCUUCGUUAGCAUUGGCUGUUACAGCCCUGAUUGGAAUUUUAGCAGCAGUUUUUAUAAUUCAGUCUGCAACUCAAGAUUGAUCCUUCGAGUUUUUUUUUUUUUUUUUCUGUUACUUUUGAUGAUUGAUUGUAACUUUUUUCUCUUGAAAUGAUGCUUAAACCACAUGUAAUAUGUUUAUGUAACAUUCGUCCAUGUCUUAUAUUUAAGGAAGAUUUACUUACAUACCACUUAAUUCCUAUUUAUUUACGUAUCAAACACCUAAACUUUCAUUUUUAUAUAUAUGCCACCUUACAUAUACAUCAAAAGAUGUAUCACUUUCUAAACGUUAACAUAGUUGGUAUAUUUGAUGUGAGAUACAGAUUUGGGAGUUAUAAAUGUAGAAAUAUAGUUUAGGUGUUCAAUGUGUAAAUACAUUGGAAUUAGGUG